UUACUGGUGUACAUUUCGACCGCAGCCCUUGUUGAAUCGAGGUGGAUGUGCCCAUAUGAGUGCCGCUGGUUCGAAUCGUUCGAAGACAUUUUCUGCGUUGUUUGUGGUGCUAAAGUUUAGCAAUAGUACAGAAAUGGAAGUUGCUAACGCGAUAAAACGUGGUUUUAAUGUGACGUUCGAAUGAAGUUACAGAGGUCAUGGACUGGGAGCAACUGGAAGUUAACCCGAGGAUAAUAUCGGCAGUAAAGAAAGCUAACCUGAAAGCGGCGCGGGAGAUACUGAGUCUUUCUGGCGCAGAUCUGCAGCGGCUCACCCGCCUUUCCCUGUGCGACGUGCAGAUUCUGCAAACCGCGGCAGCUGGCGUUCACCGCAAAGCACCGCCCACCACGGCACUGCAGUUGUACCAAGGAGAGUGUCCAGCAUUGGAGCCAGGGCACAGGCUGACUCUGGGCUGCCCCGUGCUGGACAGCCUGCUGCGAGGAGGUGUCCCGUUAUGUGGCAUCACAGAACUGGCUGGGGAGAGUGGUGUGGGGAAGACACAGAUGGCGUUGCAGCUCUGCUUGUCUGUGCAGUAUCCCCAGGAGCACGGUGGACUGGGCUCAGGAGCUGUAUACAUCUGCACCGAAGACACUUUCCCCAUUAAGCGCCUGCGUCAGCUCAUAUCCCAGCAGUCCCGGCUCAGGCCUGAACUCCCUGCUGAGCUGGUACGCAGCAUCCGCUUCAGCGACAACAUCUACAUCGAGCACACAGCUGACCUGGCGGCGUUGCAGGCCUGUGUGACUCAGCGGCUCCCCAUCCUUCUCUCCAGGGGCCUGGCGCGGCUGGUGGUGGUGGACUCGGUAGCGGCCCUGUUCCGCUGCGAGUUCCAGGCGGACGAGACCAUUGAGAGAGCGCGCCACCUCCUGGCGUUCGCCAGUUCCCUCCAGCGCCUCAGUCACUCCUUCUGGACACCCGUGCUGUGCAUCAACCAGGUAACAGACAUCGUGGGUGAUUCUGAUUCUGCCAGGUGUAGCUAUGGGCUGGUGGAUACCCGGGUCUUGCCCGCUCUGGGAAUGGCGUGGGCCAAUCAGGUGCUGGUGAGGCUCAUGAUGCGGCGGCUGGAGAGUCAGCGCGAGGCGGCGGGCUCCGGCGGAGUCCCUCGAAAGCUGGAAGUGGUGUUUGCCCCGCACCUGCCCCAAGCAUUCUGUCUGUGCAGCGUGACAGAGGAGGGGGUGAAAGGGAUCCCUCACUCUGACCUGGGACCUGGGUCUUCAACCUCACUCAAAUAGCACAUUUUUUGUGCUACAGCUGCAACAGGUGUCAGCUGGACAUCCAAUCAGGAGUCAAAAAGCAAAACCGAAACUUAAAAACUUUUAGCAACUGUAGCUAGCUAGUGUGAAAUUUCUCUCUCCGUGAGAGAGAAACCAUAUCAGCCUGACCAUAUGAUCAGGAAGGAUAAGUUUUAUAAAAACUGGGGCUUGCAAGA